AUGGUUGAAUCCGAUAACAUUGAUCACACCGGGUCAGAGGUGGUUCCCAACACUUCUACUGUGAACAUCCAUAAAGUCGUCGCAGGACAGUAUUCGAAUCUGGAUUUACGAAACAGAGUAGUGUGUUGUCUCCGUGACUUACUGCACGUAGUUCAGUCAUCCUAUCAUGAAGAUGUUGUCGAACUAAAUUUUAUACAAACUGGUUCUCUUCUAAUCGAGUUUUAUGAAUGGAGGAGAAAAAAAACGCAAGAAUUGAUGCAAGCGCUGUGCUCAGGUCAUCUUGAUCCUGAGGACCUCUCCUUGAUCAGUGAUUACAUGUCGGGCCAUGUCACAAGUGAUGCCAUUUUCCCACCGAAUGGGGCUUUUCCUCCUUGUUUGGGUUCUCAACUGGUCGCUUUAGAAAAUGACUCAGAGGAUGACGAAGACGAACGUCGGUUGGACGAGAAUUCCCUACUGAAAUGUGCAACGGAAGAAGUAAACAUUCUCAAACGUGUCCUUGAACUCAAACGGAAUGGCUUAUGGUCAACUGAUGAUUCGUCUUGUGGAAAAACCGAAUCCGGCUGCAUCGAUAUCUCAACCAAUAUUUCUUUAGUUCCACCUUCUGAACCAUCAUGUCGUACUUACAGUGAUUAUAUGUUUGCGGAAAUCAAUUGGCUAGCUGAGGAUUUUAAGCGUGAGCGUCAAUGGAAACGGGUGUCCGCCAAGAAACUUGCUCUAACUGCUCUCAAAUGUUAUCGAGAUAAAAGUGAACGAGCGUUGAGAAUCGAAAAGGAGGAGGUGAUCCGUAUUCGAAAAAUGUGUGCAUUUAUUGCGAGGAUGGUUCGUGAUUGGUGGCGUCAAAUGGAUAAGAUUGUUCAAGCUAAGCAACAAGUACGACUAACAGCUAAACGUCAACAAGCCAUUAGUUCACAUCUUGGACAAGUACUUGAAACAACUGAGGAGUAUACUCGUUGGUUAACCGAAGGAAUCACUAGUUGUAAACCGAAGGAAAGUAAUGUUAGUAGUAUUAAAUCAUCUGUAGACGAUAAUCAAAACGAAAAUACUUCAGAUACUGGACAACAUAUUCUGAAGUCCCCUGUUGAGGAACCUGACAUCUCGGAUGAAGAGUUCACUGUAAAUGAAGUGGCUUUCAAUGAAGUUGAAGAUGAUGAAGAAACUAUAGAGCAAGAAGAAAAACUCGCUUUAGAAGGUCAACAUGGUUCUGAAAUUUCUACAGCUGUGGAGCUUGAACAACUAGCAGCUGAUGCCGAUUGUCCAUUAGAAGACCUUUUACCUCCUGGAUAUCUCGAAUUCAUCACAUCAAAUUCAUCGGUAAAUUCAGAAGAACAAAACUCGUCAGUUAGUAAGGUUAAGGAUUCUGACGAACCACAUAGUAGGAAAAUAAUAGAAGGGGAUACAGUUACAUGCUCCUCUGAAAUUCCCAAUGAGUGUCAGUAUCCAGAGAAAAAUGAAGAAAUUAAUCAUGAAACUGAUAUAUCUAUGUUUGAAAAGAAAUUAGAUACGCUUACAUUAGAAGCAAUUAUACCAGUGAAAGAAAAAACUGUCGUUUGUGUUAAUAAGAAUGAGCACAACCUCGAACUCGCCUCAAACGUGUUCGAUGUUGAGUCAAAUUCACAAUCUCUAAUAACUAACGAGAUUGAAGAUGCUGAUAAUAAGGUGAAAAUGUCACCCUCAAAUGUAAACGAGUGUUCAUCUGUAAUAUGUGAUUCUGAAGUAUCACUAAGAAAGCUUAUGGAUUAUGAUAAAAAUGCUAAUUCAACGGAAUCUGGUAAUAAUGCUAAUGUAGUCUCCACUAUGAAUAUGUGUGAAGAAACACUAAAGUCAUCCCGUCAAACAUCUGCAGACAAGCAAAAUACUGAGUCCACAACCAAUGAAAGAAUGAAUGCUUCUUCAGGAGUUGGUUUGGCAACUAUAUCUCCGCCCUUUUUGCUCUCCGGUGGAAAUCUUAGGGAAUAUCAGUUAGUUGGCUUGUCUUGGCUAGUCGCCACUUAUGAUAAGCGUCUAAAUGGAAUCCUCGCUGAUGAAAUGGGUCUUGGUAAAACUAUUCAAACGAUUUCACUACUCGCAUAUCUAGCUUGUGAACGAGGAGUUUGGGGACCUCAUUUGAUUGUUGUUCCAACUAGUGUUAUUCUUAAUUGGGAGGUGGAAUUUAAACGUUGGUGUCCAUCUUUCAAGAUUCUGACUUAUUUUGGCAGCUUGAAGGAAAGAAAAUAUAAAAGGAAGGGGUGGACCAAAACAAAUGCUUUUCACGUAUGCAUAACAUCAUACAGAUUAGCUAUUCAAGAUGCAAUCGCUUUUAAACGUAAAAAGUGGAAAUAUCUCAUUUUAGACGAGGCUCAAAACAUAAAAAAUUUCAAAUCUCAACGUUGGCAAACUCUACUUACUUUCAAUAGCCAGCGACGUUUACUCCUUACUGGUACACCACUACAGAAUUCCCUAAUGGAACUCUGGUCCCUGAUGCAUUUUCUAAUGCCAAACAUAUUCCAAUCCCAUAGAGAUUUUCAAGAAUGGUUUGCCUCACCUAUUACUGGAAUGAUUGAAGGGAAUACUGACCAUAAUGAAUUACUCGUUCAGAGGCUCCAUAAAGUUCUCCGCCCUUUUUUAUUGCGGCGUCUCAAAGCAGAUGUUGAGCGUCAACUUCCAAAGAAGUACGAGCAUGUUAUCAUGUGUAGAUUAUCAAGAAGACAACGAUUUUUAUAUGAUGACUUCAUGUCACUUGGAAGCACUCAAGAAACCUUAAAAUCUGGACAGUUCCUAUCAGUUAUGAACAUACUUAUGCAGCUACGAAAAGUUUGCAACCACCCAAAUCUGUUCGAAACGAGACCAAUCAUAUCUCCGUUUCGGGUCGCCGACUCCUAUCUAACAUAUUCUCUUCCAAGAUUGCUGGUAUCCAUUUGCCAUCCCUUCUUAGUAUUUGCUCCGAGUUCAAAUGGUAGCCAAAGUGUUUUUGGAUCUGCUUCAGCAUUUUCUGAUCCUGAUUUAGAUUGGUUAGAUACCGCAGGAUCAGUUGCUCGUUUAUUGGGACAAACAAUGAAUUUAGUCGAAAUGGCUCGGGAUUUACCAGGCUUUGUUGCAAGACGAUGUCAUCAAUUGCGUGCUCGAGAAGACUUGAUUACCGUUAUUGACUCUAGUGAUGUAAUCGAUGAUGUCACUUCUCAGAGGAUACAGUUUAACGAAUUGAAGAAAUCCCGAAAAUCUCAAGGAGAAUAUUUGAACAGAGCUCCUUUAUUUGAUUCAAAGUGCUUUGAGCAUUUUGAUGACCAUUAUCCUGCACUUUCAUCUCCUGCUAAUCUCAAACCAGUUGUAGUUAAAGUUGAUUUCCCGAAAAACGCAUGGGAUAUUGGUAUCCCAAAGUCCUGUUUACGUCGUCGUUUUCUUGAACGACGUGAAAGAUUACUCUUGAUGAGUCGAAUCAAUGAACGCCGUUGUGAUUUGACGUUUACAUCACAUUCAAAUGAUAUAGGAAUGUAUUGGGACCAUGGAACUCACAUUGGUCCAGAUUUGGUUUUGCUCAUUAAUCGUUUGAUGCUUGAAAAAUCUGUCAAGACACUCCAAAAUGUUCACAUAUAUCCGGGUCUCAUUAAUGGUGCAGUUUACUGUCAACAGAGCCUGCAUACUUGGCCAGUAAGAAGCUGUCCUCUAAUCAGUGGUAUGAGUUCUAUGGUUGACCAAUUAUCCUGUUUUGAAAGUAAUGUACAACAUAUGAGUUUACUAAGUGUGGAACCGAUUUGCUCUAGACGUAUGUCUUGGCUUCGAUCAUCUCGUUGUCUUCGAGAGAUGUUGCACAGCCCCGGUGAUUAUUUAAAUGAUUUACGUGAAAUUCUGAAAAGGUUCGUUUUUGUAGUGCCUGCUGUUAUAUCAUCGGGUUUUACACUUCAAGUUUCCUACCAUGCUCUGGAACAUCAAGUUUUCAAUCAAGAAAUUCGAAUUCGAGAUAUGCUUUUAACCUCAGGUUGUUUACAUCCUUCAUGUUUUCCUGUAAACUCUUUUGAAUUUCAUGAUCGAAAAACCUUGGACCGUUCAAUACCUUGGAGUCCUCAAAUGUGGUUAAUGCCAUCAAAGUUACAUCAGUUGGUUAUGUCCUGUCGUAUUCAGUUUCCUGAUCCACGUCUGAUACAGUAUGAUUGUGGAAAACUGCAACGACUUAAUAGUUUGUUACGUGAACUUAAGUCAGGCAAUCAUCGAGUGCUUAUUUUCACUCAAAUGGCACGAAUGUUAGAUAUUCUAGAACAGUUUUUAGCUUACCAUGGACAUCGUUAUUUGCGUUUGGAUGGGACCACAAAAGUUGAACAGCGUCAAGUUUUAAUGGAGCGUUUUAAUCAGGAUAGUCAGAUUUUUGUAUUUAUACUAUCUACUCGCUCUGGUGGUCUAGGAAUCAACUUAACGGGAGCUGACACAGUUAUAUUUUAUGAUUCAGAUUGGAAUCCUACCAUGGAUGCUCAAGCGCAAGAUAGAUGCCAUCGAAUCGGGCAAACUCGUGAUGUUCAUAUUUACCGCUUGAUAAGUGAAAGAACAGUGGAAGAAAACAUAUUACGUAAAGCUAAUCAGAAACGCUUCCUUAGUGACGUUGCAAUUGAAGGUGGCAAAUUCACCACAGCUUUUUUCAGACAAAACACCAUAACAGAGUUAUUUGCAGAGCCGUCCGGACUUCAGGAUUUAACAAAAAUGAAAGAACCAGCUACCCUCACAGAUACUUCUCCACAUUUGCAACCUGACAAAAAAUGCAUGGAUCCUAAUUCUGAAACUCCAGUUGUAAUUACUCGUAGUGGCCGACAGGUUCAUCCUACUGGUUGUAUUUUAAAGCCAACUUCUACUUUCCCAUGUGAUACCAAUGCUAAUGAAUCUGUAGGUCUUACAUCGAGUUCUGAAGCCCAGUUGGAAGCUCUACUUGAUGCUUGUGAAGAAGAAAGUGAUCGUAUCGCUGCUAGACGUGUAUUGGAUGAAGCAAAAGCAGACUUGGCAGAAUUCGAAGAAAAGUCACCUAAUAAUGAGGACAACAAUGAUGCUAUCAAUGCAGGUGAUAACAAUGAUUCGAAUAUUCCUUGUGUAAAAGAAAUAGAACCACUUUCGUAUCUUCGAAAUUGUCUUCAGCAAUCUGACGAAGACAAUACUACACCACAGAAUACCAAAGAUACGACAGAAACGAUCGAGCAAAUUGUGGAACGUGAGUUACUUGGCUUCGAAUCUCAAUUAAAACCUGUUGAGCGAUUCGGAGUUCGGCAAGUUGAAGAACAGAGAGAACAUAUGUUGAAUGAACAGUUAGAUAUGGCUGAUGCAGAAUUGAUGGAGUCUGAGAAGGUAUGGCAUCUUGAAAAACUGAAAGCUUUACACGAGGCAGACGAACAGCGAGCGGAUUUGGAAGAUGAUGACAUGUUUUACUGUUGCGGUAAAUAUGAUCUCUCCAGCCAAUUAGCUGAAUUGGAACGUUUAGAACGAAUCCGAGCGGAGGAAACUAAUGAUGCAGAUGCAUCGAUUAACCUUUUGGAUACUGGACAGAUAUUUUCAAGUGGGCGGUUUAAAUACUCGAGAAAGCGACCGUAUGGUUCAUCAUCAACUGGACAUAAAGUGCAAGCUCCCCAGGUUGUAAGUCCAGACGUCUCACGGACAAACAAGUCGACAAAGUCUGCUGGUGUUGGCAAGUUGAGUAAACGACUGAAGUUGGAUAAACCAAAGAAGCCAAUAGAUAUCACAUUUGUUUGUGACAAUGAAAAAGACGAAAUAGAGAUCAAUCAAGAUAUUACUAAGAGAAACAAAUCUACGGAUCAGUUAACACAAAUUGAUAUUACUGAAAGUAAUAAAAGUGGGAUUGAGGCGUUUGAGGAGAAAACGCAUUUUCCACCGAUGGUCCAUAACAAAAGAUUUCAUAAAUCUGAUAUUCUUCGAAAUAAUAAUUUUCAUAUACGUAGUAAUCAUCCUCAAGCUAAAACUGGUGCAUUUUCACAGAAGAAAAUAAUAUCUUCCAGUAAACUCGGGAAAAAUUAUUUAUCGUCUCGUUCGUGUCUGGUUCCAAAACUCUCUGAAGAAAAUGUAAACUAUGAAGGACCAGAAGAAAUUCAUCAUUUCGACCACUGGGAUCAAUUACAUUCUCAAUACACUAAAUCAUCUAUUCAAACUCAGAAAAGAACAGACAGACGAAAUGUAGAAUAUCAUCUUCCAGAUAAAGUGUUUCGAUUCGAUACUCCAAAUUCUGUGAUUUCUUCCAACCACUACGAUCUUGAAAAUGUAUCACAUGAGGAAAUUGUUGAAGCUAGCAAUUUACCCGAGUUAUCUUUCAAUCAGCAGUCCCAUAACAAUUUCUCAGACGCAUUUGAAGUUUCUGUAGGAAGUUCAACUAAACUAAAAUCCGAACGGACACCUGGUUUUCACAAUAAUGUUGCUGCUUCAGAAAGACUCAGUACUGCUGGUAUACCCUGUAGUCCGAAAUAUGUUGGACCACCAACCACCACUACUUCUGUUAUACAUUCGCAAAACAGGUACCAAAAAUCACCUGAUAUACCGUUUCGUUUUCUAAGCCCAACAACCCCGUUAGUUCAACAUCCUCCUGAGCCUAUGAUUCCCGUUCAGUCUAUUCCCGACGGAAGUCAUUUGAAUCUAACAGCAAGACAAGUACUGGUAUCAACCGGUCAACCUGUGUUCGUAAUUACCCGUCAAAUGAAGACGCCUACGGGUGAAAUUUAUCAACAACGCUUCACGCAUCCUGUUGUCCCACCACCACAGUUUACGCGCAUGGUUUAUCGAUUACAAAAACCACCGGGGAUUAUUUCUCGAACAUAUACACCUUCAGAGUCUAGUCAAAUUCAACAACCGCAACUGCCGAUCGAAUCCUCAAUAACUAGUAGACCAGCAGUUCUGAGUAGUCCUCCAGCUGAUGGCACGUUAACUGUGAAACCAGCCACUAAAACUGUAAAUGCAAGAAAUGUGUCUCCUGAUUCUGGACUACAGGAUACAGCAACCUCUGUAAAGCAGUUCGCCCAACCUCCCCGAUUUUCAGCUAAUGGCAUUAGGUGUGGAACGAGCAUUCCCGUGAUAAGAAUGAUUAAUUGUGACGCUAACAAGACGAGUCCCAUCAUACGGCUGGUCUCCCCAGAAAUAAAUCAUAUCAACAACGAUGUGACUCGUCCACAUACUUCUCAGUCUGUUCCAGCGCUAUCUAUGCCAACUAAUACUGUUCGGUUUGGCAACACCAUACGACUCAUCCCUAAUCACAUAUCUAAUCCUAAUGCACAGGUUAUUAGGUUGCAGCGUGUAGUUUCCAACUUGACGCAUCCCAAAAACACAUGA